GGAUAGAUCUUCAAAUCCAUCUUCCCUGGAGAAUUCAGACUCUAUUACCCAUAAAGGUAAAAAGAUAUUUCCGUGUCCUCACUGCGAAAAAAGUUUUAAAGCUAAAUCAUCUCUGGAUAAACAUGUAAGAGUGCACACCGGGGAGCGGCCAUUCUCAUGCCCCGAGUGCGGGAUUUCUUUUAAGUCCAGCUCAAAUCUCUUUAGACAUCAAAGACUUCACGCUGGAGUGAAGAGUUUUACAUGUUCGGUUUGUGGGAAGCCUUGCAUAGACAACGCCAACCUUGCCCGGCAUCUUCUAAACCACACAGGCGAGAGACCUCAUCAGUGCACAGAGUGCGGGAAGCGCUUUAAAAGGAAAUAUCAACUGACUGAGCAUUUUAGAGUUCAUACGGGAGAGACUCCUUUCGCGUGUUCAGAGUGCGACGAAAGUUUUAUGCAGAAGUAUGAUCUCAUCGUCCACCAGAAAACCCACAUGGACAAAAGUCCGUACACAUGUACGGUGUGCGGGAAAGGUUUCACAUGGAAGCAUACCUUCCUCCUACACCAGCGUACACACACUGGCAAAAUGGUGCACACGUGCGCAGAGUGCAAUCAAUCUUUUCUAACCAAAUCUGAGCUAAACAUACACCGGAGAUGUCACGUCCAUGUGGUUAUCUUUCCGUGCUCAGAAUGUGAUAAAUCGUUCAAAACGAGGAAAGAACUCCUCCUACACCAGAGAAGUCACACCGGUGAGGAGGUCUUCUCAUGCAUGGAAUGCGAUAAAUCCUUCAUAAAGAAAUCGGAACUUGUCAGACACCAGAGAGUCCACACCGGCGAGAAGCCCUUUUUGUGCUUCCAGUGCGGCAAACGCUUUAUGCAGAAGAAAGGCCUCAAUGCCCAUAUGAAGCUUCACUCAGACGAGCCCAAGUGAGGGAAACGUUUUGGCGGGAAGGACAAUCCCAUCCCGAAAAAAAUCCUGCUGGCUCCUGGAUUGGACGGACA